UUAGGGUUUCCCCUGCUGGUAUAGAGGCGCGCCUGAUAGGGACCUGUAUGGCCACGCGCCGAUAUCAGAUAAGGACCCGGGUCUUCGCCUGACUCUGAUGGUGGCCGUAUAUAAGGAUCAGAUGAAUGAUUCGGCCACGGACCCUUUGCGCAAAUUUUCUGGCCCGUUUUCGAGCGGAAGUUGCUGGAUGGCACGUGACCCAGGCCGGGUCGCGGCCCGCCCAUGAUGAACGUGGGAAACCGACGGAUAUUCAACUUGUUGUGAACGCCGAUCCCGAGCGCGGCUUUUGGGCGUACCAAUCGAGCUCUGCUAAGUAGGCGCUCACGAAACCUAUGUUCUCCUGAUGUCUUCAUAUGCCAGAUGCCACGACGCGAAGUAUUCGACACUCCUGCUCUCUCAAUGCUAGACUCCCACCGCC